AUGGCCCACUCCAGCUGCUCCUCUUGCUGCAAACCUACCUGUUGCAGAACCACCUGCUGCAGGACCAGCUGCUGGAAACCAGCCUGUGUCACCAGCUGCUGCCAGCCCUGCUGUCCCUCAACUUGCUGUGAAACCACCUGCUGCAGGACCACCUGCUGCAAACCAGCCUGUGAUAUCAGCUGCUGCAGCACACCCUGCUGUGAGCCCAGAUGCUGUGAGCCUUGCUACUGCCCCAGCUACUGCCUCACUCCCUGCUGCCAACCCUGCUGCUACCAGCCUUGCUGUCCCCCAGCUUGCUGUGAAACCACCUGCCACAGGACCACCUGCUGCAAAUCAACCUGUGAGCCCAACUGCUGUGAGCCUUGCUGCUGCCCCAGUUGCUACAUCAUUCCCCGCUGCCAGCCCUGCUCCUCAUGA